AUGGAACAGUUCAAAAGAGUGAAACAUGUUGACAUCCGGGGACUCCUCAAUCCGGAGAAAAUUGAGCAUUUCAAACACCUGAAGAGUUUUGAAGUUUUCGUCGAGGACUUCGAAGCGAGCAUGAUCACUGGAAUUCGAAAUAAACUGUGCAACUUCCAAGAACUCCAAUACUGCAUCAUCCAGUUGGAUGAGAAGGGGUCUUCAGUGAAAUCGGUAGUGUUCUUGGCAUGGAUGUUCCAGAAGGAUCUACGGAAUCAUCCACAUAUCGAUAUCGGAUUUCAAGGAGCAUGA